UUACUCUGGCUGGCUCUUAAAUAACUUUGCUAACUCUGUUUCCUGUACAGUCUGUGAAAUACCGGUGUGUGUAAACUAUCUAGUGCUCUAGUGGUUUGGGACACAGCCUGUGGUUUGCCGUCCUCUCUCUCUGAGUGUCCUGAGGUGAUGUAGUUCGCCUUCAGAUUGUUUUAGUUGUGAAAUAAUUGAGGAAAUAAAUCCAGGCUCGCGCGAUGCUGCUCUCGGAGUCGGAACCGCGGCUCUUCCGGUUCUCCCGCCUGCUGUUUGGACUUUUUACACACUUACUCUGCGCCGCUUUCACCGUGUUUGUGGCGAUACUCGCGAAACCAGGCUCCAGUUUGUUUUCUUGGCACCCGUUUCUGAUGACCUUGGCGUUCUCGUUUUUCAUGACCGAGGCGAUUCUGGUCUUCUCUCCGCACUCCUCUCCUGUGGGUAAAUUAAAGCACCAGGUAAAAUCGCGGCUGCACUGGAUCCUGCAGUGUUCCUGCGUGUCCUGCGCCCUGGUGGGACUCGGAAUCAUCUUCUACAACAAGCAUGUGAACGGUAAGCCGCAUUUCUCCACGUGGCAUGGGCUGAUGGGCGUCGUCACCGUGUGCGUGGUGGUGCUGCAGUCGGUGGCGGCGCUGCCUCUUAUCUACCACAAACUGGCUAAAGGCUGGUCUCUGGCCAAGCUGAAGCGCUACCACGCCGCCGCGGGACUCGUCACCUACCUGCUGGCCAGCGCGAGUCUCCUGCUGGGCACCUGCUCCGCCUGGUUCACGUCCAGCGUCGGGGGGAACGCGUGGUACGUCACCGUGCUGUGCCCCGCCAUCUCCGCCCUCACCAUCAUGAGCCAAGUGACCAACGCCUACAUGGCCAAAAAACGCCUGCAGUCCUAAAGCAGGAGUGGACGUGCGACGUGACAUCUCCAUGUCGUCAUAGUGAUCGUUUACAUCGUCAUCACAGACACAUCAGAGAUGAACUUUUUGCUUGUUUUGUGACGGAAGGAUAAACACAAACUAUGAAAGUAGAUCUAAAACACAAGAGAGUUCACACAUCAAACAUGUCUCGGCUGAUGGACUGCGUUUGGGAUGAAGGGGACGGACAUUAGAGGUGUGUAUCCGGGAGCAAAUCCACGCGAGCGUAUCACUCUGACGUUCCGGGGGUUUGGUUUGGUCAGAUAUAAAAGGAAACGCCACAUUCCUGAACCUUGAGCUCGUACUGUGGCUUCCCGGUGAUGUAAAUAACUAAAUCAUUUAUAUUUUGUCAAACAGAAACAAGUUCAUCAGAAAAACAUGAAGAAAUCAUAAACAGGUUCAAACAAUAAUAAGAGCAGGAGUGGGCGGAAUUGUUCGGAAUUCCUUCUGGAGCAGAUGGGAAUGCUGACACUUCCUGCCAGAGUGGGCGAGAACGGGAUUAAAAGAACAGUCCCGUGCACACCUCGACUGCGUAUCGUUCAUUUUUAGCCAAACGCUUCCUCUGACGAUGUCAGAACUCGACGUUUGCACCAAAACACCUCUCAAUGGUGCUACAGGUAAAGGUGUGCACUGGAGUGAUCUUUAAUCCCAGUCACGCUGUGGUUAUUUGUGUGUGUGUGUGUCUGGACACCGUACUUUCUAAUGUUUCUAAUGUAAUUGGUUGUAUUUCUUCAAAAUUACUGAAGAUGAAAUGACGGUGAUGCCUUUCUGACAUUCGGGGAACACGGAAGCAAAGCUCAGGUUGGUAUUUUGGCAAAGAAACAACAAAGGGAUAAAGAAGAAUUCACGAUAAAGAAGGAACGUGUAACGUCCAGACGAGGCUCCGAUGGCGUGUGGCGUUUUCACUUCAGUGAAUAUUUAACACCGCUCCUGAGCUUCAUAUCGCUCUCAGAUUUAUAAUUAUUACAAAACUGUUUAUACUUUUAUACUUACAGCAAAAUGACCCAUAAUGCAUGACUGUAAAAAAAAAAAAAAAAAAAAAAAACAUUCUGCGUUUGAUGGGACUGUAAAUGUACUGAGAGAGAAAAGAGGAAAAAUUCUUUAAAGAAAGAAAGAAUAAAGUUUCAAAUACAACAAGAAAUGCUGAAUUUAUUUUCUGUUAAAACAACAUUAAAUAAAUACAAUGUCAUUUUAA